ACGGCAUCAAAAGCAAAUUCUUAAAACCUCGCCCUCCUCCUCCCUUGGGCCAAGUCAGCUUCUUUUAACUCUCCUCCUCCCUUCUCCUUCAUCUCCACCACUCCCCAUUACGUUUCCCUUGUUUACUCUUCUCGUCUCGUCUCUACACGAGUCUGCAUCCCCUCUUCCUUGUUAGACUUCGUUACAAGUACAGCCAAGCCAAGAGACUUUUACCCCUCCACCAGCAUUUCGCACUCGUCCUCGUACCCCACCCCCACCUUCCAACAUGGUCAAGUCUUCCGUCCUGGGGUUCCCGCGAAUUGGGGCCCUCCGAGAUCUGAAGAAGGCCAAUGAAGCUUACUGGGGCGACAAGAUCUCCCGGGCCGACCUCCUGGCCGAGGGUAAGAGGCUGAGACUGGCUCACUGGAAGAUCCAGAAGGAUGCCGGUGUCGACAUCAUUCCCUCCAACGACUUUGCCUUCUACGACCAUGUUCUCGACCACAUCCAGCUCUUCAACGCCGUCCCCGAACGGUACACUUCUCAGAAACUCGACACUCUCGAUGAAUACUUCGCCAUGGGCCGUGGCCACCAGAAGGGUGGUGUCGAUGUUCCCGCCCUGGAGAUGGUCAAGUGGUUCGACUCGAACUACCAUUACGUCAAGCCCACCCUCAAGGAUAACCAGACAUUCUCUCUGGCAAAGGACCCGAAGCCUGUCCGGGAAUUCCUCGAGGCUAAGCAGGCUGGCUUCCACACCAGGCCCGUCCUCCUUGGCCCUGUCUCUUUCCUCGCCCUCGGCAAGGCCGACAGGGGUUCUUCCGUCGACCCCAUCACCCUCCUCGACAAGCUCGUCCCAGUCUACGUAGAGCUCCUCAAGGCCCUGAAGGCCGCUGGUGCCGACAGCGUACAGAUUGAUGAGCCUAUUCUUGUUUUCGACCUGAAGCCCGAGAUUAAGAACGCUUUCAAGCCCGCCUACGAGGCCAUUGGCGCCCUCGGCAGUGCUGCUCCUUCCAUCGUCAUCGCCACCUACUUCGGUGACAUUGCCCACAACCUUGAUGUUCUCCCGGCUUUCUCCAACCUCCACGGCCUCCAUAUCGACCUCGUCCGUAGCCCUGAGCAGCUCCAGGCCGUCAUCAAGCAGCUUGGGCCUAAGCAGAUUUUGUCUGCUGGUGUCAUUGACGGCCGGAACAUUUGGAAGAACAACUUCCAGAAGUCGAUCGAGCUGGUGCAGACCGCAGUCGAGGCCCUUGGCGAGGACCGUGUCAUUGUUGCUACUUCCAGCUCUCUGCUCCAUGUCCCUCACACCUUGGCCAGCGAGAAGAAGCUUCCCGCAGAAGUCUUCAACUGGUUCUCUUUCGCCGUUGAGAAGUGCCAUGACGUCUCCGUCCUCGCCAGGGCUGUGACCAACCCCGACUCUGUCCGUGCCGAGCUCGAUGCCAAUGCUGCCACGAUGAAGUCUCGGGCCGAGUCCACCCGCACCAACGACCCCAAGGUCAAGGAGCGCCAGGCCAAGGUCACCCCUGAGAUGCAUAACCGCCAGACUCCUUUCGAGCAGCGCUACGCGCAGCAGAAGAAGCAUCUUAACCUGCCUCUCUUCCCCACCACUACUAUUGGAUCAUUCCCUCAGACCCAGCAGAUCCGUAUCCAGCGCAACAAGUUCACCAAGGGUGAAAUCACGACGCAGCAAUACGAUGAUUUCAUCAAGAAGGAGAUUGAGUACGCCAUUCAGAUCCAGGAUGAGCUUGAUCUAGAUGUCUACGUCCAUGGCGAACCUGAGCGUAACGACAUGGUUCAGUACUUUGGUGAGCGUCUUGAGGGCUAUGUCUUCACCACGCACGCCUGGGUCCAGUCUUACGGCUCUCGCUGCGUCCGCCCUCCCAUCAUUGUUGGCGACAUCUCCCGCCCUGCUCCCAUGACCGUUAAGGAAUCCAAGUACGCCGCGUCGAUCUCGAAGAAGCCCAUGAAGGGCAUGCUUACUGGACCCGUUACUUGCCUCCGGUGGUCCUUCCCCCGUGACGACGUACACCAAUCUGUCCAGUGCCAGCAGCUCGCUCUCGCCCUUCGCGAUGAGGUUGUUGACCUCGAGAAGAAUGGCAUCUACGUCAUCCAGGUGGACGAGCCUGCCCUGCGGGAGGGCCUUCCUCUCCGGAAGGGAUCUGAGCGGGAUGCUUAUCUCCGCUGGGCUGUAGACAGCUUCAAGCUGUCCACCGCUGGUGUCGAGGAUUCCACCCAGAUCCACAGCCAUUUCUGCUACUCCGAAUUCCAGGACUUCUUCCACGCCAUUGCCGCAUUGGAUGCCGAUGUUCUCUCCAUUGAGAACUCCAAGUCCGACGCGAAGCUGCUCAAGGUCUUCAUCGAUGAGGCCUACCCUCGCCACAUCGGACCAGGUGUCUACGACAUCCAUAGCCCUCGUGUCCCCGUCGAGGACGAGUUCAAGCAGCGCAUCCAGGAGAUGCUCCAGUAUCUCCGACCUGAACAACUUUGGAUCAACCCUGACUGUGGUCUCAAGACCCGGAAAUGGGAUGAGGUCAAGGGUGCGUUGACUCACAUGGUUAACGCGGCUAAGUACUUCCGUGAGCAGUACAAGUCCUAGACGUCUUGACUCCGAGAGAGUCUCGAAAGCGGGUGGGGGUGUGAUACCCAUGUAACGGGGAGUCGUGUGGUGCCUUCAUGUGUGUGUGGGGUUUGUUUCAACAGCAUCAGCAUAUUGCGAGGUCGGGUGUCCCCUAACAGUCUUCAACAAACGAGCUAUGAUCGAUGAUACCCAAAAAAGCGCCAUUCUCAACUCGGCGUUUGCGGGAAAGGGGGAAACCAAAAGGUGUUUUGUUUUACGGUUCGGUGAUGGGAUGGAUGGGACAUGGAAAUAGAUCUUCAACAGGCUGAGGAUGGCUUCUUCAACAAGAGGCAAUACCCUCUUCCAUGUUUUGGGGCUGCCUUCAUCAUGCAGCUUCCACGGAAUACAAGAGUCCUUCGAGACCCAAUUUGGACUUUAAUGCUAUAUUGAGUGA